AUGGGUGUUUGCUCUAGCAAUCCUAAAAGAAAAUACGCUUCAACAAGAGGUAGUUAGAGUACCUUUUACAAAACUCAAGAAGUUUCGACAAUAAAAUCGAACAAAAGUCUAAAGAAACAAAGAACAAAUUUUAAAGUUGCUCCUAAUAUCUUUAUAUCAUUAAAGAGUGGAAGCAUACUCUCCUAUUAUAAAGUAUAAUCAACCUUAGGGGAAGGUAUUUAUUAAUUUUAUAUUUAUAGGAACCUAUGGAAGAGUGAGCUUGGUAAUACAAAAAUCAACCUAGAUACUUCGGGCAAUGAAAUAGAUAGCAAAGGACAAAAUACUUGUAAGUUAAAGGGAUAAAAUGAUUCAAGAAGUAAACAUUUUAAAAAAUCUUGAUCAUCCAAACAUAGUAAAUAUUUAUGAACUCUAUCAAGAUGAACAUCAAUAUUAUCUAAUCACUGAGUAAUAUUUUACGUUAUAUAAGGUAUUUAAGUGGUGGAGAACUAUUUUAGAGAGUUUAGUAAAGAAAUAAUUUUAAUGAAAAGGUUGCUGCUAAUUAUAUGAAACAAAUUUUAAGCGCAGUAAAUUAUUGUCAUUAAAGAAAUAUUGUUCAUAGGUAAUAAAUGACUCAAUAUCAAGAGAUUUAAAACCAGAAAAUAUAUUAUUUGAUUCUAAGACUUCAGAUGACUGUCUUAAGAUUAUUGAUUUUGGAACUGCAAAAUAGUUAGAACAAAAUUCCUAAUUAAAAUAAAAAAUAGGAACUCCAUAUUUUAUUGCUCCAGAAGUUAUUGAUCAAAAUUAUAACAAUAAAUGUGAUAUUUGGUCAUGUGGAGUCAUUCUUUAUACUCUUAUGUCAGGCAAACCUCCUUUUAAUGGAAACAAUAUUAAUGAUUUAUAUAAAAACAUUAAAUAAGGAUAAGUGGAUUUUAAUGGUAGAUAAUUAUAUUUUAUUAUUUAUUAGGAACAGAAUGGAAGGAUGUAUCAGAGGAAGCAAAAAGUUUCAUCUUGAAAAUGCUAACAGUAGAUCCGACGAAAAGAAUUUCAGCUGAAUUUGGAUUGAAAGAUCCAUGGAUAGUUAACAACUAAAAAAUUGAAAAAAUCAAUCCUAAAAAUCUUUAAAAUCUUGAAUCUUUUCAUGUAAAUUUUAUUUGUUAUUUAUUCUCAGAAUAAAAGUAAACUUAGUUCUGCAAUCUUAUAAUUAAUCUCAACAUAAAUUAUGAAUUCAAAAGAAAAAAAAGAAUUAAUCGAAGGAUUCAAAGCAAUCGAUAAAAAUGGUGAUGGAAAGUUAAGUAAAGAGGAACUUAUUUCAUGUAAAUGAAUUCUUUAAUCUUAGGUUAUAUGAAUUUAUAUUAAGAUGAAAUAAAAUGUUCAUAAAUUGUUGAUAAAAUAUUUCGAUCUGCUGAUCUUGAUCAUUCAGGAACGAUUGAUUAUACUGGUAAUUUUUAAAAAUAAUAAUUUUAGAAUUUAUCAUAGGUUAUACAGAAAUGUAAAACCUAAUGGCUAAAGAGAAAUUGGAAACAGCAUUUAAAUUAUUUGAUAAAGAUGGAAAUGGAAUUAUAACUAAAUAAGAAUUAAAGGAAAUAUUAGGUGGAUUAGACUUGGAGGAUAAAUAAUGGGAAAGUGUGUUCUUGGAAUUAGACACUAAUGGAGAUGGUGAAGUUUCUUUUUAAGAAUUUACAUAACUAUUAUUAAAAGAUACCAAAUAAAACAAGUGA